AUGACGGAGGCGGGUUCCGAGGCUGCACGGCAGCGGCGGCAGCUGGCGUACGCGCUGCAGGCGCUCAAGCUGUACAACCCGGACUUUGCGCUGACGCCUGAGGUGCUGGAGAUCAUGCGCGCCUUCUUCGCAGACUUACGGCCGGAUGCAAAUGGAACAAUCACUCGCGGAGCCUUAGCGGACGAGAUUGCGCGUUUAGACCCGAGCGUAGACACCGUUCGUCGCCUGAGAAACGACAUGGCAAAGAGAGAAGAGCGUCUGGACUUUGCUGCUUUCUGCGAUUACGUCAUGCGCUGGAAGGCCCAGAGUCCACAGGCUGUGCAGGCCGUGUACACGUCGUGGGCGGCUCAGAUUGCAGCCAUUGACUUCGACAUGAACGACAAUUUAUUCUUAGACCUCAAGCCGGAGGAUGAGCCGCCCAAUGAGUCGCUAACACUCGAGAUCAUUCAGCUACUGCGGCAACGACGAAGGUCGCGUGAAGGUGACGUCAGGGUCAGAUAUGAGGACUACGAGGCUUCAAUUGCCGGAUACGGACUCCAUCCGGAUGACACCUUCAAUGUGGACGUAAAGGAGGACAAUGCGACGACGAUGAAGCUGAACCACGCAGAUGCGGCUGAUGCAGCGGAGAAGAAAGGGUCCAUUAUGACAAUUUCCAAGUCGUUUCUUGCCGGUGGGAUGGCUGGUAUUGUGGCCAAGUCCACGUUGGCCCCAUUGGACCGCGUGAAAAUUCUGUUCCAAGUGAACCACCAGGAGAAAUUCAACUUCCGAAAUGCCGUCAGAAUGGCUAAGAAUAUAUACGUGCAGGACGGGUUUCACGCGCUGUUUCGAGGGAACAUGCUCAACAUCCUGCGAGUCAUCCCCUAUGCAGGACUGCAGCAUUCAGGCUUCGACUUUUUCAGGCAUAAAUUUCACGCCUACAAUUUUCGGAAAGCGGAGAAAGAGGGGAGUGACGAGAUGCCCAAGCUUAGUAAUUUGCAGUUGGUUACAGCAGGCUCGUUGGCUGGAGGACUGUCGUUAGUGGUGGCGUAUCCGUUGGAUAUUGUACGGGCCAGAUAUAUGGUGCAGAUGGGAAAGCAGCGAUACACCAGCAUCUACGAAGCUGUGGUUGCCAUGUACAAGGUGGACGGGAUACGGUCGUUCUCGCGAGGGAUGGUGCCGUCGCUCUUGGGCACGUUGCCCUACACGGGUAUUGGGUUCUCGCUUAAUGAACGCUUCAAGAUCUGGACACUCGAGCUGCAGCGUCGACGGCUGGAGCGGAAAUAUGGCGCCGACGCCCCGGAGUCGAGUCUCAACCCGUUGACCAAAUUUGUGUGCUCGUAUUUUGCAGCUUGUAUCGCACAAACGAGCACAUACCCGAUGGAUACAAUUAGAAGAAGAAUCCAGACCGACGGCUACGUGUCGGGAUCCCAUGUGAAAAUGCAGUAUACAGGUGUAGUUAGCACUGCACGAAUCAUUAUGGCACGAGAAGGCUGGCGGGGUCUUUUCAAGGGAGUCUCAGUGAACUGGAUGCGAAGCCCCGUCUCUACUGGCAUCAGCUUAACGGCAUACGAUGUCUUGAAGGAGAUAUUAGGCGUCGAGAAGAUAGAAUAA